AUGAUUAGACAAUCUUUUCAUCUUCCUGAUCAACCACAAGUUGUAUAUGAGGCAGACGAUGACAUUGAAGAUGUUCUUGAUCGCCCUUCAAUUGCUUCUUCGAUGUUCACAUCUUGGAUGAAGUGUAAUGCAAUCAAUAAAGAAGCACGGAAACUUACAUAUGUUGAUUUUCCUACAAAAUUUGUUUGGAAACGUAAAGAUCUGAUUUGGAAGCCAAGGGAAGUUGGAUAUGCGAUUGGUAGAAUCCACUCGGUUUCUCCUAAACUUGGAGAAGCAUAUUUCUUAAGAAUUCUUUUAAAUAUAGUGAAAGGUCCUAAAUCAUUCGAAGAAAUUUGCACAGUCAAUGGUGAACUAUGUUCCUUCUUUUAA